AUGGCACCCAUCGCAGACCCGAACGGCCCUGCCGUUCCCCAACUCACCUCAGCAUCUCAACCACCGCUACUGAUUAAGAAGCUGUCACCUGACGCCACCACUCCGACUCGAGGAUCCGCCUUUGCUGCGGGAUACGACUUGUACGCGUCGAAGUCCAUCACAAUUCCCUCCCGGGGCAAGGCUCUCGUCUCAACGGACCUAUCAAUCGCGACACCAGAAGGAACAUACGGCCGCGUGGCACCACGGUCAGGACUGGCGUCGAAACACUUCAUCGACACAGGCGCCGGGGUGAUUGACGCAGAUUACCGUGGAGAAGUCAAGGUUCUACUCUUCAACCACGGCAACGUCGAUUUCGAGGUCAACAAGGGCGACCGUAUUGCUCAGCUGGUUCUGGAGCGCAUAUACACCCCUGACAUUGUGGAAGUGGAGGCCUUGGAAGAGAGUGUGAGAGGGGCUGGUGGGUUUGGGAGCACCGGCUGA